GUUUUGCUCCGGAGCAGCUGGGCUCGCCUCACUCUGUCGCAACCGCUUUUGUUUCCGCGCGCAGAUGACAAAAGUUGUGAUCGCUGCGCUCUCGGUACCACUGCAUCUUUACCUCUGGACUUUCGAGGCGCGUGGACUUUAGACUGGACCGAUUCGGACCUGGUUUGGACUUGGUUUGCUUUGAGUUUGCUGAUCUGCGCUUGGAGCAGGAGUUGGCACAUCUGGAUGCGCACGCCCGAGUGAGAGUGGUCGAUGGAGCAGGGUUUGGGAGGGUCCCGCCGCGGCUGACAGAGGCCCUCGCGCCCCUAGCUCCCUGACUCCUCGCGCCACUGUCCUCGCGCUGGUCCCGGUUCCCUGUCUCGCGGGUCCGGGCGGGAGGAGGAUGGCCGCGCUGUGGACGCUGCUGCUCGCGCUCUGGACCUGCUCGUGCGCUCCGGGACAGGGACAUGCCAAGAGCGCGUUCCCGAUGCGCACAGCCUACAGCCUGUACUCCAAUGGGCACGCGCACGGGACACGCGCCGCCAGCAGGCACAGAAACUGGUGUGCGUUCGUGGUCCCUCGCACUGUGAGCUGUGUGGUGGAGGAUGGGGUGGAGACAUAUGUGAAGCCCGACUACCAGCCCUGCGCCUGGGGGACGGGGCAGUGCAGCAGGGUCGUCUCAUACCGGACUUACAUGCGCCCGCGGUACAAAGUGGCCUACAAGAUGGUGACUGAGAUGGAGUGGAAAUGUUGCCAGGGCUUCAGUGGAGAGGACUGCAACACACCCCCUGCUGGUGGGACUGGGGUAGUGCCGGGACACAACGGGAACCAUAACUAUGGCCAGGGGGGAACCAAUGGCAACUAUGGUCGAGGGGACAGUGAGAGGGUCCGAAGGCUCGAGGACCAAAUACAGAAACUGACCAAGAACCUGCAGGACCUCCAGACCAACAUGAACCGACCAGCAGGGGGCAGCGGUGGUGAGGGAGGAGCUAAUACGGGAGGACAAGGAGGGUCCUGGGGAGGAGGAGGGGGCACAGGGGGGAGGAACCCCGCCGACGCUGCUCAGCCUGAAAUCACAGAAACCAUCAACAGUAUUCAGACCAAACUGGACCAACUGGACAACCGCACUCAGGCCCAUGAUAAGACCCUGGUGAGCAUCAACAAUCACCUGGUGAAUGGUAAAGGGAACGACGUGGACGGGGGGGUGUCAGGGGGAGCGUCAGGGCCGGUCCUGACGUCACUGAAAGAGGAGAUCCUGAGGGAGCUGGAGAGGAGGGUGUCUCUGUCCUGCUCUGCCUGCCAGGCUGGAGUGGAAGACCUUCGGCGUCAGCAGUUGGAAGACCGCGAGAGGAUCCGAGCUUUGGAGAAACAGCUCAACGCUUUAGACUCUCGGCACCGACAGAACCAGGACGCACUGAGACGAGACCUAAACCGAGUCCAGUCCUGCUGCUCGAACCUUCAAGACCUCCAAAACCGAGUGUCCAAUGUAGAACGCAAGAUCACGACCACAUCCGAAAACCUCGACAAUCUACAAAACCAAUUACACAAUGAGCAUGGAGGACAGGAGGGGGGGAACAACUUUGGAAUAACUCAAGGAGGAGACAAUCAGCAAGUAAGUGUAUUACUGAAGAACUUUGAGAGACACGUCAACAACACGCUUCGCAAAACCGAUGAAAGAUGCUCAAAUGUGGAGAGCAGCGUUAAGGAGUAUUUCCACAAAGAACUUGGCGAUGUACGGACAACGUUUCUGGAUAGAUUUGACGACCAGGCCUACAGGAUAGCAGACGUCGAACUCGAUGUGAGCAACGUGAAACAAAAACUGGAUGAUCUCACCAAACGAGUGUCCAAUUUGGAGAAUAAUACAACGUCUAUCGGGAAAAGGGUGGAGAAGUGUUGUGGAGGCGAUGGAAGAGGUGGAGGAGGGGUGGGGACCCAGAAGUCUUUGGAGUGGAGGGUGGUGGCGAACGAAGACCAGAUCCGACACUUUAACACCAGACUCAAGGACCUGUCUGUGUCUGGAGAGUCCCUCCAUGACAAGGUGGUGGACUUGACCGUGGAUGUGCGUAAAAUCAAAGACAUUACCGGGGACCACGGGGAGAACUUUAACCGGAUCGUGACGGAGGUGGAGACUCUGGGAACUGGCUGUGAACUGUGCGGACGAAUGGAGGACGAGCUCAAGAAGAUACAGAACUCCUCCCACCACACCCUGAUCCAGAUACAGGACCAGAUCAGGACUAUCCAGACUAGACUGGACUCAGACCGGGGAUCCAACCAGGACUCAAUAGACAGAGAGCGUGGAGAUCAGUGCUGCUCCAGGCUCCAGGAGCAGGUGGACCUCCUCAGGCAGGACGUGCAAAGGUGCAGUGGGCCGUGCAAAACUGCCGCCGACACACCCACAGGUGGAGAGAGCCCUGGUCUUGGCGGCUCCUCCCCUCCCUCGGUGAAGCCUUUGGAUGGGCACAGUGUGAUCGGAGGUCCCCUGAGCUCAGAGCAGCUUAAGGCUCUGCAGGGUCAGCUGGCGGAGGUUAUCCUCUCCUUUAGCUCCAUCAACGACUCCCUGAGAGGCUUUGAACACACGGUGAACAAGCACAGCAGUGUCAUCACAGACCUGGGAAACACCAAAGACAAGAUCAUCUCAGAGCUGGAUAAGAUUCAGAUGGAGGUGUCGGAGCAUGUGGAGGAGAGCAGGGAGCGCUGGGACCGUGUGGCCCAGGAUCGGCGUAGGUUUGAGGGCGGCAUUUUGGCAGAGCUGGGGGAGUGCACCAGGUCCGGAGAGGGUCUGGAGAAGAGGCUUUCCAAACUGGAAGGGGUCUGUGGGCGGCUCGAUGGGGUCACCGACUCUAUCAGCAAAAUCAGAGAAGGCCUGAACCGUCACGUCUCCAGCCUCUGGUCGUGUGUGGGCGGCCUCAACGACACUGUGGUGCUUCAUGGAGGCCUGAUCGAUCUGAUCCAGAGCAGUGAAGAGGAGGUUCACCGGAGAAUCAAGAGUCUCAACUCCAGUCUGAGCAACGCACUGAAGGACCUGCAGGGGGCGCAAGCAGGGGAGGUGGCCAGAGGACCUCCAGGGCCUCAGGGGGAGAGAGGGUAUCCUGGUGCGAGAGGUCCUCCUGGGCUGCCGGGACAUCAAGGAGAGGUCGGACCACAGGGAUCUCCAGGUGUCAAAGGAGAAACAGGUCUGCCUGGUAUCGACGCUCUGGUUCCUAAACUGUCCUUCUCAGCGGCUCUCACUUUCCCCAUGGAGAAAGCGGGGACUGUGGUGUUUGACAAGAUCUUUGUGAACGAGGGAGACUUCUAUGACCCCAAAACUGGUAUCUUCACUGCUCCUGUCGAUGGACGCUACUUCUUCAGCGCCAUUUUGACCGGAUACAAAAAUGAGAAGAUCGAGGCGGUCCUGUCCAAGUCCAACUACGGGAUGGCUCGUGUGGACUCCGGAGGGUACCAGCCGGAGGGCCUGGAGAACAAACCUGUGGCAGAGGCUAAGACCAGCGCUGGAUCCUUAGCUGUGUUCAACCUGAUCCUGCCCCUUCAGGCCAGAGACACUGUGUGCAUUGACCUGGUCAUGGGAAAACUGGCUCAUUCUGUGGAGCCUCUCACUGUGUUCAACGGGAUGCUUCUGUAUGAGAAUAUGUGAGUCAAGCACUUAGACGCAAGAGGAGUUUGAAGAACUGAUUUGCUGUUUUGGCUGUAGACUGUUUUGAUAUCGACAACUGCAAAUAUCGGCUAUAGUCCAAAACAGCAUGAGAAAUAGUGGGUAUCGGUAAUAUCUAAAAAAAUCUAUUUUGAAAUAUCUGUAAACUCUCACACAGCUCACUCUCAAAAAUACAUAUGCUUCUGUUUUAUUUUUGCCAAGAUUAUUUAGUCAUAGACUAACCCGACUAAUUUUCAGGUGGUAGCGCCAGAACUAAAAAUCAAAUCGUGAUCUCAUUAAUGUGACGAUCUGCUAUUUUGGUCAAAUCCCAUACGAAGCUUACAUGAAACAUGAUAAAACCGAAAUUGUGAUGUGGCUCCAAGAAAUUGUGGAUAUGUCAAAUUGUCCUGUACCUAACGCUGUCACGUUGUCACUGUUCAACAAUAUAAGGCACUUACAAAAAUACCAAAAGUGUGGAUUACCGAACAAAGACCAAAGCAGUGUGAGGACAGAAUGUAGUUUUUAGAUGCAGUAAAACAGUUAUUUUAAUCAGUCUAUAAUGAUCUGCAGUAAACACCACUUCAUUCUUGUAAAUGUGUACAUUUUGUUUACUCCUAUAGAUUAUAUGCUAUUGUUAAAAGAUAGCUGUGUGCGCUGUAAUGGUAAAACAUUUGAUCAAAACUUGGGAUAAAGAGGCUUAUAUGUUGCUGAAACAAUUGUAUUCUAAAGCUGUGCAUGAAGUUAAAAAUCCAUGCAUGUGAAUACUAGUAAUGUACUAAAAGGUUUGUGAGAGCUAGGAACAAGCUAGAUAGAUUUUAAUACCUACUUCCUCCUUCCAUAAUUCGAAAAUCAGGUACCAUAGUUUAAAGGUCCUAUAUUACACAAAAUGGAUUCUUGUGAGCUUUAAGCCAUGCUAUAAUGUUGCUACCUCCUCAAAAACAUACAUGGAGUAACAUACAUACGUGGAGUUUUGUUUUGUUUUAUUCGGACAUGUUUGAGUAAUCCUUUAUUAGUCUGUCUACAUUUCCAAAGCUCAAAAUGCUCUGUUCCACUUUGCGAUGUCAUGUAAUUGUAGUUUUCCAGUUUUCAACAGCUCCUUUUACCUUUAAUUCAACAGAAAUAGGCAAUUCCAGCGGUGAAAUUAUCCAGAUGAUUUUCGUGAAGGUGUAUGGAGUUUAAUAACACAGUGGAUUGUAUUACAACAUGACAUCAAAAAGUAGAACAGAGUGUUUUCUGUUUGGAAGAAGAACUCAGCCAAAAUAUGCAGAGUUUGUGUGUUAAACAUGUGUGAAUGAAACAAAACACAACUCCAGGUCUGUUUGUGAUGAGGAAACAACAUUAUAACAUAGACCAGAAAAUAGAGUAAUAUUCGCCCUUUAAGGUAACAUUCUUUUUUGAACUUUUAAUGUUAUUAUGUUGUUCCCUCAGAAACACUCCCAAAGAUAAACAUUAUUUUUGAAACAUGAAAUACUAAUGAAAGGAGUCGUAUUUAUUCAAAAAAGGAUCUGUAGCUUAUUGUGUUUUUCAUACAUUUUAGACAAAUACAUUUCUGAAUAUACAGAUUGUACAAAUAUAAAUAUACUCUCUACAUACUCAAAACAAUACAACUGAUUAUACGCCAUGGAUACUUUGAACUUUGGGCUUGGUGCUUGGUGCUUUUCCAUAUGACCAUGUGCUGCUUGUGGCAAUGAUGUAAUGAAAGACUUUUGGAUCCCUCUGCUGACUGAACUGUGCACUGCUCCUGAACUAUUGGGAAACUGCAGCAACAAAUGUCAAAGAACAGAACUCUGAAAAGACACGUUUUAAUAUGGGAUGAUCCUAUGGACUGUAUACAGAUCUGAAUCCUUGGACAUGUGUGGUGAUUACAACAUAUGAGUGUAUUUUUAUAGGCUGAAAUGAACAGUUGUGUUUAUAUUUGCCUUGUGAAUGUGUUUAGAAAGUUGCACCUUUAUUUCCUUAUCUACACUGCAGAAACUGAAUGUCUUGAAUGGGUUAAAAUGACUUAGAGCAGUUAUGUCACCUGGACCUGGAGUAUUUAAGGUGAGACACUUCAGGUUAAUAGGAAGAAAUCUUACAUUUAGAGAAAUCAUUCUGAAACAUCUAAUGCAGUUAAAAAAAAAAGAAAGAAAAGAAAGAAAGAAAUGUAUUACACAUUUUACAUCAUUUAGUGUUACCAUAUCAAAAUAAAUACAGACAAAAUGCACCAUAUUUGAAUCCUAAAACUAGAUGGAGCCAGGUUUAAAUGUCUUGCUUCAUUUUGUCGUCUUAUUAGAUCCUAAAAAUAUACAGAGGGAUAUUGGAUCUUAUUUAGUAUUUGAGUAAACUAGAUUUGACAGAAAAUUUGCCAAAAAAUUUUUGGAGUUAAAACUUGAUUAAAUCAGAAUAGAUAUAAUAAAAUACUUCAGUAUGAUUUGUCAGAAUCUGGUUAAGUACAAAAUUGUAAGGUUUGGUGUGUGUAGGUGCUACUUUAAGGGCUGAACCUUAUGUCCCUAUGUGGGGACUAUGCAUUCUGAUAAAACUGCCUUUGAAGUUACAAUGCCCCAUGUGGACUAUGGAUGAAAGUUGAUCAAAUUAAAUAGUUAACAUAUUUCAGUACAGAGAGGACAAAUUUGCUGUUUCCACAAGAACAAGCUGACCCAAAAAAAAAAAAAGAUUGUUUUGUCUGUAGUUUCUCUCCUUAAAGAAGCACUAUGCCACUUUUUGAUAGAGAGUCUGACACCUGCUUGCCUCCAGGGAGAUGCUGUUGCUUUGCCUGGUUUAAUGCCAUACUGAUGGCAUUAAACCUUUACCAUUUCUAUGGAGACGAGCACGUGAUGAAACAGCAGAUCUGUGGAGAGGUGCUUCCACUCACAGAAAGGCUGUGGAGCUCCCAAACAGGAAAGUGAUAUAAUACACCUUUAAAUACAUUUCAUUACAUUACUGAAUUGUUUAAAUCUCCUUACACAUUGGCAAAUAUCUUGAAAUAAAAAUAACAAAUUAAUUAAUAUUUAAAAUUUGUAUCAUUUUAACUACUCUAUAUAUUCUGUUUUGCAGUGUUUGACUUUGUUAGAGGAUGUUUUUCAGUUCAUUUUGAUGGACGAAUGUUAAAGGGAUAUCAGUGACUAUUUGAAAAUCCUAUUAACAGAACCAGAGACACUGCAGCUGGCAUGUUUUAAAUGUGCCAAAGUAUUUAUUCUUCAUAUUCACAUGGUAUUGUUUUAGGUUAAAAUAAAAACAUGAGUACAAACAUGGACCUUUACCACUCUCACAGUGUAAUAUGUGAUUUUAUGAAGCAGCAGCAGACGCCUGAAGUGGCCUAUAGUGUAUCCACUGUGUCUAGUAAAGUUACAAAAGUGCCUGAAAUCAUUGUAAAUAAAAUACAAUCUAAAUGAA